CGCUGUAUUCGCCUGUUAUCUGAAAUAAAACACAAUUACAGGUGAUCGUCGCCGUCAUGCCGAACGUCAUUGAAGGCUCAAGAUAUAGGAAAACCUAUGACGAAGGGACGAUAUCAAGAGCCCUGGAAGAUAUAUUAAAUAAUGGCCUAAGCAAGAAAGCUGCCUUGCGGAAAUAUGAAAUUCCACGUUCCACAUUGCAAUUUCGCUUGAGCCAAAAAUUCAGUAAAUCGACAUUUGGACCACGUCCAAUUCUUUCAAAUGACGAGGAACAAAUUUUGGUUGAUUGGGUUUUCCAUAGUGCUAAAAAAGGGUUUCCGCGAAGAAAAGAGGAUCUGCAAAUCAGUGUCAAGUGUUUUCUAGACGAGAAACCAAGAGACAAUCCAUUUAAAGACAAUAUGCCGGGUGAUGGGUGGUAUAAAGCAUUUUUGAAGCGACAUCCUACACUGUCUGAAAGAGUGCCUGAAGCCGUUACUGCUGCCAGUGCGAGGGUUAGUGAAGCAGACAUUCGAAAAUGGUUUCUGAAUAUUGAAACAUACUUAAAACAAGAGAAUUACUUUGAUAUUCUUAAAUAUCCCGACAGAGUUUUUAACGCAGACGAGACAUGCUUCAUGUUAUGUCCCAAGAACAAAACUGUCUUAGCACCCAAAGGUGCUAGGAAUGUUUACGAGGUUGACAAUGCCCCAGCAAAAUCUAAUUUAACUGUUCUAUUUACUUUGUCUGCUAAAGGAGACAUAACUCCUCCGUUUGUCAUUUAUGCUUACAAACGUGUACCUUCUGCAAUUGCCAGUUCAGUGCCAGAUACGUGGGGAAUUGGCACGAGUUCCAAUGGGUGGAUGAAAGCAGAACUGUUUUUUGAGUAUAUAGCAAAUGUUUUUCAUCCAUUCCUAGUCAAAAAGGGCACACAAUUUCCUGUUGUUUUAUUUGUGGAUGGCCACAGCACACACAAUUCGUAUCAGCUGAGUGACCUCUGCUCCCAACUGAAAAUUAUUCUAAUUUGCUUGUAUGCAAACUCUACACGAAUUUUACAACCUGCCGAUGUAUCCGCAUUUAAACCACUCAAAACGUAUUGGAAAAAAGGCGUAUUAGAAUGGAGAAGAAACCAUAUUUCAGAGGCAUUAACCCAAGAAAAAUUUGCUCCUAUUUUACAAAAAGUAAUUGAAACUUACAUGAAACCUGAUAUUAUACAACACGGUUUUGUUUGUACUGGUUUGUGUCCAUGGGAUCCAAAUGCCAUUGACUACUCAAAAUGUCUAGGUAAAAAUAAUACUGACCAAGACCCCAAAAAAGAAGACAAGGUUAUGAUACCUCGGUCAAGAUUUGAAGAAAUAGUUGGCGUUAAUUUAAUGAACAAGCUAAAACUGCCAAAUCCAACGACCAUUACACAAGAAUCUCAAGAAUUUUGGGUUUUGCAUAGAUUGUGGAAAGAAUACGAUUCAACAUCGGUUGAAAACGAGAUUGAAAACGAAAUUGAAAACGAAAUUGACAACGGGAUUGAAAACGAGAUUGAAAACGAGAUUGAAAACGGGAUUGAAAACAACUCAGUAGUAGUUCAAUUUCUAAAUUUUGAUAAACCAGCGCCUGUAAAUAUGGAUUUUGACUGUAGCAAUAUCACCAACAAAGACAACGAAGAAUUGUUCAACAUUGUAGACAUACCGAUUAUAUUUGCAAGCACUUCUAAAAUGUCAAUAGAAGAAGAAUUGGCAACAACUUCUGCUACAACGGGUAAGAUUUAUUUUAUUACUUCUUCUUGUUAGUUUAUUUUUGUAUUUAGGUUCUUCAGAAAUUACAGAAGUCAAUGAAUCUAAUGAAUCGGUCAUCAAUCCUCCCCUAGAAAAAGACCACGAAGAAGAAUUAUCAACAAACGACCCUAGCAAUGUAUCACUCAAAGAGUAUUUAGUAUGGCCGGAAAGUCCUGCCAGGAAAGGCAAUAGAAAUUCGGAGCGAAUACCUUUUGUCCUCACGUCCGAACAGUGGAAAAAAAUACAAAGUGAAAAGAGGGAGAAAAAAAGCCUUGCCGAAAAACAAAAAGAAGAAAGAAA